GCGUCUAAGAUAUUAUACAGUCACCGAUUAGAGAUAGAGUCAAGUAAAACAGUUGUCUUUCUUCAAGACCAUUACCUUAUUCCUUUCUAUCUACCAUUACUGUUUUUCAAGACUCUUUCUGUGUGAGUAAUACGCGGGUACUAGUACUGGAUCUAUGAAAGACAAGUGACAGAAUAUACAGUAUCACAAUUGAUCGGAGUUUCUUUCAAGCAGCCGCAUCAAAACAGAUAUUCUGUCAUAACACAUUGAUACCAAGACAAGAAGGAUGAGUACUGAUCAAGAACAACUAUGUGUUGUAGACAGUGAUACAGGACAAAUCUUGUAUUAUUUUAACUCCACUACUGGUGAGAUGAAAUGGGUAAAUCAACCACCUAAGGAAAUUUCUGAACAAACCAGCAAACAGCCGGUUGAGUCAGACUGUAGUUCUGAUCCUGAAGAGAUCAGCCAAGAACCUGAAAUAACCACAUCUAACAAGGACAGCAGUUUUACAGCUGAAUUCAAAAGUGAGACUAUUGAACCCAAAGAAUGUUCUAAUCUUCUUUCUGGUGAAGUUGUAACAGUAUUUCUGGAGCCUUGUCCAGAGAAUGUCAAAAAGUGUCAUUCUGCCACAUCUAAAUUACAAGUGGCUAUGACCCCUGAGGCUGCAAAAGCUGUAGCUAGUGAAUCAGCAAAAAGUAAUGAAAAAAAGAAUACACCAAGAAAGAGAAAAUUGCAGAGCAAAGAUGAUACUUACUUCAAUGCGUCAAAAAGAAUGUCAGUGAGAAAAGAAUUCCUUGGUAUAAGGGAGUUUGUCUGCAAAAUUUGCAAGAAGUCAUUUCCAGGAAAAGAGCAUCUUCUAAAUCAUUUUGAAAGUCAUGUGGCUUCUCGACCAUACAAAUGUCCAAGGUGUUACAAAAGAUUCAGUGAUCCUAGUGGAUUGGCAAGGCAUACACAUACUCAUAUAAUAGCCAAGCCCUACCUCUGUGGGCAAUGUGAUAAAUCGUUUUCUGAUGAAAAUAGUUUGACUAUUCAUGUGGCAUUACAUGAAGGUUUGAAGCCGUUUUCAUGUCAGUUUUGUAACAAGAGCUUUACUCACUGUAAAGCGUUAGCAUUGCAUAUGGUAUUGCACAUGAAACAGCAGCCAUGUCGUUGUAACUAUUGUCAAGAGACUUGUUCAAAUCCUAAAGAACUUUCCAGGCACCUAUUGCUGCACAUAAGACCGAGUUCAGUUGAUCAAGCGAAGAUUGUUAACCAAGAUACUAGGAGUUUGUCUUGUAAGUUCUGCACAGAACGAUUUCAAGAUCAGAAAACUUUAGAAAUUCAUUCAAUCAAGAAACACAGUAAUGAAAUAAAGGGCGAUCAGCACAACAAUGUCAACCCUUUGAGGCAGCUACAAGCACUUAUCUUUAAAGAAACACCCACCUAUGAAGCUAAUCGUGUCAACGAAAUGAGGGUUGUUCAUCUCGCACCUACUGAUGCUAAUACGAAAUCCACUCACCUAACAAACGGUAAUGAACAUUCAAAGAAAGGCUUGUCUGGAAACCAAGGCAGUGCGGAUCCUAUUAAGCAGCUACAUGAACUGACGUAUCGUAGAGAAAGUCCCGUAAACCAAUUUAGAAUCACUCCUCACUCAUCUGCUCACACAGGAAAUGACCGUCCGGCUACCCACCUGAAAAAUACUGGAGGAGUCAAGCACUUGAAUGCUGUGAAGAUAGAGCUAAGGAAUGAUGCUACUGAAGAAAGGCAAGSUGAGCCACUCAAAGAAGAAGAUGAUGACUUGCCAAGCUGUCACGAUGAUACCAAACCAAUGUACAUUGCUGCAGCAGAUAAAAAACUACUUCCAUGUUUGAGUUGUGAAGAGACAUUUUCCAACUCUGUAGACCUUGCACUUCACGCUCGUGUUCACAAUGACAGUGAGCUGAUUCAGUGUACUCAGUGUGAUCGUAACUUCCUUAGUGAGAGUCAGUUCAGAGAGCAUUUAUCUGCUCAUGAAAGUAAAACUGGUCAGUUUGACUGUCCAAAAUGCGGCAAACGCUUUGUGCUCGCACACGGACUCACUCUGCAUAUGCGCAUUCACACUGGGGAAAAACCUUUUCAGUGUAAACACUGUUUAAAGUCCUUUGCUCAUUCAGGAAACUUGACCGUUCAUCUGAGAACCCAUACUGGAGAAAAGCCAUUCAAGUGUGAGUUUUGUCAUCAGGCUUUCAAUCACUCCAGUAAUUUAAAGAAUCAUAUGCGUCUACAUACAGGGGAGAAGCCAUAUCAGUGCAAACACUGCGAUAGGUCGUUCUCUAGAAGCUCGCAUCUGCGUAAUCACAUCAUCAACCACAGUUUGGGAAAAUCCGAGCCUGAUUACUACAGAUGUGAUAUUUGUGAUAAAUCAUUUGAUGAUCUGGCUAUAUUAAAUGAACAUAUCAAGACACACAGUGAAACUAAGCCCCAUGUAUGCCGUUACUGUGGAAAAGCCUUCACUGUACCCAGUGGACUUGCGGUUCACGUUAGGACUCAUACUGGUGAAAAACCUUACAAGUGCAAAUACUGUGAUCGUGCAUUCAGCCACUCUAGUAACCUUAAAGUACAUGUACGAACACACACUGGCGAAAAACCUUACCACUGUAACGUUUGUAAUACCACGUUUGCUAGAAGCUCCGAUUUACGGAGACACGUGUAUUUUCAAGGUUGUCAAAAGCUCUUCUCAUCGACCUCUGGAGCUGUUCAAUCUCCCGAUGGUAGUGGGACUAUUACAACGUCUGCAGGACUUAAUGUUCAUCCACAUUCUUAUGCUCCAAACAUAAAUAAACAAGAAAUAGCACAAGAAACGAGCCCGGGAAUCACGCCAUUCCAACGAAUCAAGGAACACAUCAAAGCCAUAUCAGAAAACUCUUCCGCAUCAGUGGAAAAUGAUAUGAUGGGAAAUGGAAAUACAGCCAGAGAAAAUCUGUACACGUCCUCCAUUACUGAAGCAGCCAGGCUUAUAAAAGCAAAAGAAGGAGUAAUCAGUGAACACCAAAUACCAAGCCAGAUUGAUUCUCAGACAGUUUUUGAAAAAUCAAAAGAAUCCUUUCCUUUGGUUUCAUCUGUAUAUCAUCAGUCCUCAUUAGAGCAGCAUGAUGAAUCAAUGUUGAAGAUCUCCCAACCACCACCAUUCUUGCUGUCAACUCUUGCUCUAAAGCCAACAAGCAGUAAUUCAUGUGGUAGUGAUGGGAAAUUCCAGCCAAAGAUUUGUUAUGAACAUCAAAAGAUUACAGCAUUUGAUAAGAAGCAGAAUGAGCAAAAUGACAAAGUUAACAAGAUUAAUAAGAAAGCUUCAUUAUCUGAGGAAUCUGAAGGAAACAGGGAUGAAGAAUGUAAUGCAGAACCAAUUGAAAAUAUGACAUCUACAGCUAAUGAAAUGCCAAAAAGAAAAGGGCCAAUAAAAGAAACAUUGCUAAAAUUGAAUACCGUAUCUAUCAUUAAAGCAAAGACAUUGGUCUCUACAACUGAAAGUGAGCAGCCAAUAGGAGAAACAAGCAGAAACUUGGAAAAAGUAUGUACACCAGGAGGAACAGGCAAAAAUUCAUCAGCUAAAACAGACAAUAUACACCCAAGCAGCCCUUCCAUGUUGGAAACUAACAACCCAAGCCAAAAUCCAUUCUCUGGUCAACAAGUCAAACAUGUAGACCCUGACAGGCACACACAGUCAACCAGAUACCCCAGCAGCCAUUCUACAAAGCAACCUGUCCAACAUGCAAUUCCUACCAGAGAACCAUUACCUGGCAAACCAGUACUAAUUACGAACCCCACCAGGCACACAUUGCCACCCAGGCACCCAGUACAACCUGCAGACCCUGACAGACACCCAGUGCCUGGUCAACAACCACAGACUACAGACCCCAACAGACACCCAUUUCCUGGUCAACCACCACAGCCUACUGUCCCUGCCAGACACCCAUUGCCUGGUCAACCAACACAGACUACAGACCCUGCCAGACAAUCAUUGCCUGGUCAACCACCACAGCCUACUGUCCCUGCCAGACACCCAUUGCCUGACCAACCAACACAGACUACAGACCCUGCCAGACAAUCAUUGCCUGGUCAACCAGAGGGUAAUGAUAUCAUCUUUGAAACUUCAAGUUUACAACCCCUUCAAGCUUUAACAGAAAGAAUUCUUCCCAAGUAUGAAUAGAUGACACAAAGAUUCACUGUUACUAUAUAUCUUAUAAAGAGAGUAGGAAAUAGAGUAGGGCUGUAAUAGAGCAAUGAGUAGCAAUUGGGAUAUGGGUUGUAUUCCAUUCUUCUUGAGUUGUAAUUUUAAGGGGAUACAAAUGAUGGAUGUAAAGAAACAGUCUUUCAAAGGAGGCACAUUUGUAUGGAGGUUGAAAUUUUUAAAUGGCUCAGUGUGGGAAAGACACUAUUGUAUUGAGGCAAAGACAUUUAAAACUUUAACAAAGGUUGGGUUUUUCUCUCACUUUAUUUGGUGAAUACCAUUUUAUUUGAAUAUAUGACCAAACGUUUUACUUCUAUUGCAUUCUUUUACAAAAUAAUCAAUGACUUUGAGUCAGAAAAAACACUUAUUUACUGUAGAUAAUUCAAGUAGGACAAUCAUUAGAUUGUAAUAGGAAAUAGACUUAUAAUAUAGGUUGGUAUGGUUUAUUGUUAAUAUAUACAAUAAAAGAUUCUAAAAACAGAUGUGUUAGAUUGUUUAAAGUUGAACUAGUUAGUACAUUAUAGUAUUUUAUGACAAAUGAACAGAAUAAUAAUGGACUUCUAUCAACCUUCACUCUUGAUGAUACAUGUUGAUGUCCAUGAAGGACCUCAGACUAAUAUUGAACAUCAGAACGAAAGCAAGUGACCAACAUAUCGCAGGUAUAUCUAUAUUCUUAAGAUAAGUAUGCUUAGAAAAUGCUCAGGAUUAGUAUCUCUUUGAACAUUUCUUUAACAAUUCUGCAAGUGUUUUGAUUAAUUUACUGCUAACCAAUAUUAGGUAUCGGCACUUCACUCAAUGUCCAAAUUCCGCCUUUCAAUACAUCAAAGUAAAGCGCCAAUAUCUUAUUUCCUAGUGCAGCACAAUCUAAAGUUGUCAAAAAAGAAUGACACAGUAUGGUGCAUAGCACAGUAUGGUGCAACAAUUUAAUGAUAAAUCUUGAAACUAAAAACUAGACGGAAAGUUAUUUAUUGUAGAGCAAUAGACCAUAAUUUACUUGUAAAUUUAUUGACUAAAAACAGACCAUUUCACACACUUUUUACUUAUCCUUAUUGGUAUUUACAGCACACAUCAUGCUUAUUUAGAUUUUUUUUAAACCAGAAUAGCAAUUUAUUUGAUAUAUAAAAUAAUAUUUGAGCUAUGAAUAAUUCAAAAAUAUCAAGAGCAAUACAGUUUCCUUGUCUUAAAUUCUAUCAUGUACGAAAUUAGUAUGACAUUACUGGUAACAAUAAACAGUUGUUAGUUUU